AUGGAGGAUCUAAUGAGAUCAAAGGAUAACGUCGGGAAGAACGUCUAUGAGUUGGAGAAGACUAAGCUUGAAGAGUUAGAGAAACCUGAAGAGGAGAAUCCUCUGAAAGAUGCCAAAAAGUCAGAGCCUGUUAAGAAUGGGCCUGAAGAUGGUGGCACUGUGCUGGCCAAGUCAGAGAAGAUGGAAGAAGUUUCUUCUGAACAAGUUGAUGAAGCUGAUGUGGAGGCAGAAGUCAAGAGACUCAUGGCAGUGAGUAGCCAGGACCGGGUCAUGAAAGAUGUCCCCUCUGCCAUCAAUGCCUUCCAGGAAGCCAGUGGUCUGAUGGGGAAGAAAUACGAGGAGACAGACGGCCAGCAUGCAGAUGUUGUCUACUACUGUGAGAUGGCUCUCAUAGAGCCUGCCCGAAAGGAGAACAUUAUCCUAGGUGACCCUCUGGAGGGAAUGCCAGAAGAUGAAGAGUCUGAUGAGGACCGUGGUGUCUCCAGUACCUCCAACCUUGAUGAGAAAGAGGAGGAGGGGUUACGAAUGCAAGUAUAUGAUGCUGUGUCCGAAAAGGAUGAGAAGGCUAACAAACUGAAUGAGGACUCCAAAGGAGACUCAAAGGCUGAAGAAGCUAAGGAUGAAAUUACUUUGCAGCAAGCUGCUGACGAGCUGGUGCAAAGGAUGGAAGUGGUAGUGGCCCUGAUGAAGUGCUGUUGUGUUGUGUCAUGGCGCCGUCACUCAUCCCCUUUCUUGGCAGGAACAAGUUAUGUAUGA